CAUUGCCACACAGACCGCAGAGUCAAGGGGUCCAAAACACCCCCGCGACCUAAACCGUUACAAAUUCAAAUAUUAGCGAAAGUAUUGGAAGUUCGACAAUAGUCACCAUGAAGAUCACCAGGACCUUGUUAUUGUGCAUCUGCACCCUCACCCUUGCCGCAGCAGCCCCGACACCAGCCAGGGAUAGCAUCCAGCACGCUGAGUACGAGUACGACUACGACAACUCACAACAGGGACAAGCCCAAGAUCCCCAGGAGUCAGCCAGCCACUACGACGCUUACAUCCAAGAUGUGCAGGCAGCGGCGUCUGGCGGCGGCGGUGGUGCUAAAAAAGGCUUCAGUCAGGGCAGUGGGCUGAGAACCAUCGCUGUCGGAUCAGCCAAUCAGGCGAAGACUGCUCUAGGCAAUCAAGCUGCUGCAGCGUACCAAGCUGCUUACGUAGCCAAGAAUACUCUUGCCCAGUCAGCCGCCCAGGCCAGUGCCACAGCGCAGGCAGCGCUUGCUGGUAAACAGGUUAUCCUGUCUGGAUUGGAACAGCAAGUGAGAGAUGCCAAGGUUGGACUCCAGGGUGAGGAGAUGCAGCUGCAACAGGCGAAGAGAGCCGCUCAGGCUGCCGCCCAGGCCGCGCAACAAGCUAUGCACCAGGUGAGUGGCAUUCCGAACAAAAAUUUUUGGGAUUAUCAGAAUCGUAACUAAGACGCGCAAUGGAAAAGCGUGUUAUUUAAAGAUCAUUUAAUUUUUUUUU